AUGCAUCCCCUCCUACAUACCAAGGACAACAGCGGUGCGUUGUUCUCCUCUCAGGCCAACAUUGAGUCGCCUUCCCCGCCUAACAUUACUAUGAGCUUAGGUUGCGAGCAGGUGAUGAUCGCGCUGGAAGAAUGCCACGCAAAGGGCUUCCUAUGGAAGGCUGCCGGCAUGUGCAAUGAUGCCAAGACGCAGCUCGUCGAUUGCUUGCGAUCGGAGCGGGUGAAGAAUCAAAGCUUGAACCGAGACGGCGUCCAGGAUAAGAAGGCGCGGAUACGACAGAAGUGGAAGGAAAUCGACGAGAAUUCUUAG